UUCCUUUCAAUUUCCAGCCGGGCUCGCUGGAGAAACCGACCAGCCCUUGGCAAUUGCUCUCCCGGGGGGAAAGGAGAUGGGCGCCUUGAAGCUCUCCCUCGGGCUCUUGUUCCUGCUGCUCGCGUUGGCCCAGGCAGGGAAAAAUUUCCAGCUCUUUCGCCAAUACAUCUUAAAGCAGCAGGAAGAACGAGCCAUCAAAGAGAUCUCUCACCGCCUGCGCUUGCUGGUCCAGGCGUCCGCCCCGACAACUUGGAUCCCUCCCAUUGAGAGCACUAUCCGUCAGCCCCUCGACCACUUCAACCGGCAGAAUCCGUUCACAUUCAAUCAGCGUUUCUGGAUUAAUGAGGAAUUUUGGCGACAUCCCGACGGGCCUGUCUUUCUCUACAUCGGAGGCGAGAGUGCUCUUUCUAUGUUUUCCGUCCUGUCAGGGCACCACGUGGAGAUGGCUGAGAAGUACGGGGCCCUGUUGGUGGCGUUGGAGCACCGCUUCUACGGAGCCAGUCUCAACCCUGAUGGCCUGGAGGACCACAACCUCUUCUACCUUUCUAGUCAGCAAGGGUUGUCUGACUUGGUGUCCUUCCGCCUGUUCAUCACCCAGAAGUACAACCUGACAGUGAACAAUACCUGGAUUUGCUUCGGCGGUUCUUAUCCCGGCUCGCUCGCAGCCUGGUUCAGGCUGAAGUUUCCUCAUCUGGUGUUUGCUGCUGUUUCCUCUUCGGCUCCUGUCCGAGCCCAGCUGGACUUUAAAGGCUACAAUAAGGUUGUUGCUGAGAGUCUGUUGAAUCCAGUGGUUGGUGGUUCCCGAAAGUGCCAUGAAGCAGUGGCUGAGGCCUUCUCCACGGUGGACAGCCUGAUACAUGCUAAGCAAAUGGAGAAGCUAGCGAAGGACUUCCACUCUUGUGCAGCUUUGACGGAAGCCAGUGACCUCGUCGAGCUGGUUGGCAACCUCGCCAGCGUCUUUAUGGGUGCCGUGCAGUACAAUGACAAAGGUGUCGUGUGGGGCUCAGUGGCUGGUCUGUGCAGGAUCAUGACCAACAGUACUGGCUCCCCCUACCAGAGACUGAUGGUUGUCAACAACAUGUUCUUGGAAAGCAUGAAAGAGCCGUGUCUAGAAAACUCUCACAAGAAGAUGCUGGAGGAACUGCGCAGCACUAACCUCUCUACGUCGGGCGUGGGCAUCAGGCAGUGGUUCUUUCAGACGUGUAAUGAAUUUGGAUAUUAUCAAACCUGCGAGGAUUCCACCUGCCUCUUCUCCCGCCUUAUAACUCUUCAGUCCCUGGUGGACAUCUGCUCCAAGGUCUUCAACAUCUCUCUCAACCAGCUCCCAGAGGCAGUAGCUUUCACCAACGAAUACUAUGGGGCUGACCUCCCCAAGGCCAGCCGUGUCCUUUUUGUGAAUGGUGACAUUGAUCCCUGGCACGUGCUAAGUGUCCUGAAGAACCAGUCCCGCUCGGAAUCGGCCCUGUUAAUCAACGGCACGUCCCACUGUGCUGACAUGAGGUCCUCCUGUCCCACGGAUCCGUUACCCCUUGUUCGUGCCAGGAAGCGGAUCAACGCCCAGGUUGGUGAAUGGCUGGAAUUAGCACAAAAGAUAACUGGAGGCAGCUGAGAGGCCAGGUGGGAAAGGAAUUUGACCCAUCCAUACAACCAGAGUCCCCCACUGGAAGAAAUCGGCUUGGACUGGCCCCUCAUUCUUUGUGCCUUCUGGUUCCUGAGCACCAGUGACUGUGCUUUUUAAUUUUUUUAAAAAAAACUUUUAAAAUACAGAUUUUUAAACAUUUAAUUCA